CCCACCCCACCCCCCCACCCCACCCCCAACAAUAAAUAUACACGUACCCUUCAUUCAAUAUUAUACAUUUGCUGUGCCACACUACUACUCUACCUCUAUACUAUAUUUACGGUUCCCAUUAUUAUAGAUUUUUAAGCUUUCUUUCUUUGUUUUUUUUCUUGAAUUGGUUUCUUGGGGAACUGAUGAUCAAUAGAGCAUUGUUACCAGCUGGUGGUGGAGAGAAUAUGUUGCACUGUACUGACAUAACAGUGCUCGAGAGACAAAGAGCUUGUAUCAAAUGGCAACAAGAACAGCAGCAGCAGCAACAGGUUCAACUACAACAGCAAGAGAUUAGUUAUUUUACUGAACUGACCGGUGUGUUUCAACAAGCUGGGUUUCAUGAGGGUGGUUUAAGUGAGGUGGUGACCCGGUCUGUGAAACCUGACCCGGGUUUGGUGGAUAAUGGUUGGAAUAAUGACCAUGUUGUGGGGCUUGGUGUUGGCCCGCUGUAUGAUAAUGGGUCAGGUUUUGAGUUGAAUUAUGGUGCCAUUUCUAGGAUUUCUAGCUGCCCGCCGGCGGCGGUCGCUGCUGUGGCAGCGGCUACAGUGAAAGGCUCAGAGUCUGUUGUGUCAGAUAAGAUUAGUUCCGGGGUUGGAAGAGAGAGUUCCAAGAAGAGAAAGGUUGAUAAUAAACAAAACAACUCAAAGGUUGAUGCAGAAGAAGACACCAGGGACAAAAGGAUCAAAGGAUGUGCAGAGGAAGGAGAGUCAAAGAUCACAGAGAAAAAUAACAACAAAAACAGUCGCAACAAUAACACCAACAAAAACAAUAACAGUAACAAAGAAAGUUCUGCUGGGAAUUCGAAGGACAAUUCCAAAGUAACUGAGGUUCAAAAGCCGGAUUACAUUCAUGUCAGGGCACGUCGCGGUCAAGCUACUGAUAGCCACAGCUUAGCUGAAAGAGUGAGGAGGGAAAAAAUCAGUGAAAGAAUGAAGUAUCUUCAAGAUUUGGUACCAGGGUGUAACAAAAUCACUGGUAAGGCAGGCAUGCUUGAUGAGAUCAUUAACUAUGUUCAAUCACUUCAGAGACAAGUAGAGUUCUUGUCAAUGAAACUAGCUGCUGUAAAUCCAAGGCUUGACUUCAACUUUGACAACUUAUUUGCCAGAGAGCAGGCCUUUCCUGCUUGUUCAGUCAAUUUUCCCACCAUUGGGAUGUCAUCAGAUAUGACUAAUCCUGCAUACCUUCAGUUUAAUCCAGCACAACAACAAUUAGUUACAUGCUGUGGAUUGGAUAUGGGGACAGAUCCUCCUGAUAUGGGGCUUAAAAGGACCACCAGUUCUCCUGAAUCUAUUCCUGAAACAUUUCUUGACUCAUCCUGCUUCACUCAAGCCCAUCCCCCACCAGCCUGGGAUGCUGAUCUACAAAAUCUUUACAAUGUAGCUUUUGAUCAAGGAAGACAAACAUCCUUCCCAACUCAGCCAUUUACAGGUUCUAUUGAAGCUAGCAAUCUGAAGAUGGAGAUGUGAAUCAGAAUAUCAAUUUAUACAAUUCCUGAAGAAGAUUUUAUUCACAUUGCCUUUGGUCCUGAUUCUUUUACUUCUCUAAGUACAUGACGUAUAUAGUUGUAUGUAUACUUUCGACAUAGUAUGAAUAAAAUCGAUAUCUAUUAACAUCAAA